AUGGUCUGGAGAAAGCCAGGCGCCGCGGGUCCUGCCCCAAAUGUGGCCUCAAGAAACAUGCUGCUUGAGGAUGCUGAGAAGAAGCUCGAGGCCACUAAGAAAGAACUCGAGGAGGCAAAAAAGCGCGCCGGUAAAGGAAAAGAACACGCCUACCAAGCUGGAAAAGGUGCUUGGGGCAUUGCAGAAGCCCAAGCCAAGAAUGCCCUCGAGUUGCCUUCGGGCGAACACUUGCCGUCCACUGCCUCUGCCUCUACUUCAACCUCCCACAAGCCCUCAAUCCACCAGUGGUUCAGCCAUUGGCCACAAGGUGUGGAAAUCCUCCAGGGGCCCUAUAACGGGAAAUCCAAGGCACGAGAACAGAAGCAGCUCGGAAUUUCGGCUGCUACUCAACAUUUGCUCCGCCCUCAUGCUCUUCCUCGCGCAGGCCGUCACCACUGA